UUUGACUUUAUGAUGGGACUUAAUUGCUAAGAAAAAAUAAACAGGCACACCGCCGGUUAUGGCGCCUACAAUAAUUAAGUGACAGGAACAACGGACGAUUAUUUCUAACUGUUUUCAUAAACACAAUUUGUUUUGGUAUUUGAAAUGGACCUAUCACAGGAUGAUUCUUUUGCUGUAAGGAGGCAUGGACGACGGAGCCUACAGGCACUGGAGGCCAUGUUGGAUGCUGGAUCUCCGGCCGUACGGGACCAGCAGAUCAGCAAGACCUUCCGCAGGCGUAGUGCUGCUACAGCUCUCAGUGUACAAAAGUCCAUCCAAUUGUUAGAUGAGAGUAUCUCAUCCCCAAGCAGCAAGCAGGUCCGUACUCCGGGGAACCUCAAACACUCCACAUAUAUCCCAAAACACCUUAACUCAGGGAGUAAAUUUGAUGUGUCGUCACGGAUGGGGGUAAUGGGCCGGAAGACCCCGCAGAAGGAUCGCUCACAUCAUGGGUCGUUCCAUGAAGACAGCUUUUCCUCCUCAUUCCACAACCUGUCUGGUAUGAAGCCCCUACCUGAGGAGACAGAGGAUGUGACUACCACCAAUGUGCGCCUACUGCUGGAGGAAGAUCCAGGUAUCUCAGCCUCCAAGAGCCUGUACACUGACUUCCUGCAGUGUUUGAAGGAGCACGCCCCGGCGGACGAACUUUUUACCCUCGUGGAAGGAUACGAGGGGCUCUGUCAGGAACAAGUCUCUAUGCUCAAGAAACUCAUCAGACACGCCUCCAGACAAGAUGAAAAGUUCACAAAGACUUUCAAAGUUUUGCAUGAGCUGUGUCUGGAGGAGUCUACAUGGAAGCUGGCCAAGAACCUGUUCAAGGACAGACAGGAGUCCGCCGUGCAGGAGGACAUUGGGAUGGACCAGGAUGGGGAUGACGCCCCCCUUGUGCAGGGAAUUCUACAGAGUGACAGGAAGAUCGUCAAUGAACUGUUUGAGAAGGAGCAGGCUAUCAGGGAGGCACAGUUGGUUGUGGAUUGGCUGGAGAGUGGGGCCCAGGACGACUUUGAAAACUUCUCUGAGAAUGUCAAGUUCUUCUCAGACAGGGCCGUAGGAUAUGAGAAUUCCCGACAUCGGUUGAUGAACAAAUCUUCUGGAGUGCCUACAGGAGCAGAGCGAUCUCAAGUCACAGAAUUGGACCCAGAUGCCCCGAUGCGACAGAACAUGCUCCUUGAUGACCUUGACAAGGAAGACGAAGACAGGCUACUUCAGUACAUCUUUAUUUGUCUCCGCGCAGGACAGUUGGAAAAGGCCCAGAAGACAUGUAUUGACUGUGGACAGGCUUGGCGAGCUGCAACUCUCGAGGGAUGGCGACUAUUUCAUGACCCAAACUUCUCCGGGCUCGGGCCUGAGUGUCAGCGCUCGCCAGUGGAGGGAAACCCUAACAGGGACAUCUGGAAGAUGGUCUGCUGGAACAUGGUCCAGGAUCCUCGUGUAAAUACCUACGAGAAGGCAAUAUACUCAGUUCUCAGCGGGAAUCUCCGCGGUCUUCUGCCUGUGUGCCGGUCCUGGGUGGACUAUUUGUGGGCCUAUUUCCGUACGUUAGUUGAUGUCAAGGUGGAAAAUGAGAUACGUCUGAAAUCCACUAUCAGGCGCUCCCUGGAAAACCUGCCGGGGGAAUACUGGGAGAAAAACCUGAAUGCUAAGACAGUGUUCCGAGAGAUAGAAGCUAAUGAAUCUCUGAAGCAGGAGGCUUAUGAGCUGCAUCAUAUCAUCCAGAAAUACAUCAUCCUAGGGGAUAUUACCGGCCUGGUAGACGUCCUGUAUGAGCGUGUGACGGGCCCCGACAUCUCGCCCCACACCCUGAGGUUCCUGGCUCACUUUGUGCUCUUCCUGCGACAUAUUGGGCACAGAUCACAGGAGAGCCAGUGUGACAUGAUACUGGAGAGAUACGUGGAACAUCUGAUUACCAGUCGCCAACACAGCCUUGUGGCACACUAUGUUGCCAAACUGCCCCAGGCUGCACAGAUACACUGGUACAGCAAGUUCCUGGAGGGAAUCACAGACCACGAAGAACGGCAACACUUCCUUGAGCUGGGUGAGGGAGAGGGGCUAGAUGUUGCCAUGAUUACCAAGCGUGUUGUCGAGAACAUACGUAGUCGGUCACAUGUAGACUUCUCCCGCAUACAUGAUACACAGUCGGUGGAUACAAACAUCUCAGAGGAGGAUCGCCAGAAGAUUGAGGCGAUCGAUUGGUUGGUGUUUGAUGUGGCCCAGCGUGCGGAGGCUGUGAGACAGGCCAAUGCUGUCAUGAGGACAUUCAUUGCCUUAAAGAAGCUGGAAGCUGCCAAGGCUGUGUUUGACAAACUGCCACCUGACUCUGUGGAUGUUAUACACAAAAUAUGGCACCAACAGAUGGGCACUCCAGUUUUGCCUCCAGAAGACUGCAAUGCCAUACGUGAAUACCUGUGCAUCAAGGCGUAUCUGGAUGCGAUGGAGAGUUUCAAUGACUGGGUCCAGCACUACCACCACGGGAAGCCCACCAAACCGCCUGCACCUGCAGGGGGCUCGUUCACAGACAAGGUCGCGCACGAACACCGCCUCAAACAGUACGAGCAGGAGCAUGAUCGCUGGAGACACAACCUUCUAAUGCAGACACAGAGUACGAAGGAACACAUAUACAAUGUGUUGUUGUUUGCUGAUGGUGGCUGGAUGGUGGACCAACCCCAGGAGAAAGAUGAGGAGGACAUGUCAGAUGACCAGGCCAUAGAUACAGCCAUAGAUCCCCAGCGUGUGGAGCAGAUGCAGCGCCUUCGGGGCCUCGUGUUGCCCGGCCUUACCGUCCUGCUCCACUCCGUGCUACACUCAAGUGAACAGUUUGAGGAAUGUGUUCGCCUUGCUGACAUAUUAGCCUCUGAACAACACACUCUGUAUAAGGUGUUCCAGAAAGCGGAGUUACAGCGUCUGUUACAGCUGAUCCGGGACUCAUCCCUCCAGCUGCUGGACCAAGGUCGAGGGCCACUGGGAUAUGAACAAAGCUGAGACUUGCAUCUUUGAAUAUAACAGCAAAUAAUAGAUUGGCCAUUGUUCUAAAGACUCGCUCUGAAUUGAUUAGAAGAUCAUGUGCUUAAAAGUGUGAAAUGUGAAUAAAAAGUCUGACUAUGGGCAAAUUGGUUGAGUUUUCAAAGCAUAAGUACAGGACAUGCUUGUUUAAAAAUUGACCAAGUAAUUUUUGCCUGCAAAUGUUAAGCAGCAUGAGUUUAUUUGUAUAUACGAAGAUGUCUGAUUUUUGCUUCGCUUUUAAGUUUGUAUGAGGCCUAAUCGAAAAAUGUCAAAACUAUGUAUCAACUGUGGUUUAUUUCUCUUUGGAUAUUUUGUAAAAGGGAAGGGGGAUCAAACCCAUGUUUUUCAAUGUCAACAACAUGAACAAUAAAAAGAUGAAACUAUU